AUUACUUGCUGCAGGGAACUAAACGCAGAUCAAUGAACUCGGUUAAAUAAACUGGUUGGUGAUUCAAAAUUGGAAUUGAAUCAGGGUUGUAUUGUCACAGGGAUUGGCACAGUGCGUUUAAAGUGGCAACAAGAAGUAACAACAACACAACGGAUUACUGGGCCCGUGUAAUAACCUUCAACUCUAUCUGGAAUAGAGUAGGCUACGAGUCACACUUUUCUGCCAAGCCAAGCUUUUUUGCAUACAAAAAAAAUAUUACAUCUGCGUAUCGGGGACAACUGAAAAUUAUAGGAAUGAUCUUUGCAAAUACAGUCAACCCUUUAAGGACGACAUAUCGCAAGCAGCAACCAUUUGCUCUAAACCAACACCCAAUGGCUCCCCCCAGCCCCAGUACUAACAGCAGUGCCAACCACAGCAGUAGCAGCAGCAAUGCAGGAUGGGACCAGCUAAGCAAAACUAACCUCUACAUCCGAGGACUGCCACCAGCCACCACUGACCACGAUCUCGUCAAACUCUGCCAGCCGUAUGGCAAAAUUGUAUCAACAAAGGCAAUCCUGGAUAAGACAACAAACAAAUGCAAAGGUUAUGGUUUUGUGGAUUUUGACAGUCCAGCUGCUGCUCAGAAGGCUGUUUCUGCGUUGAAGGCAACUGGUGUCCAGGCCCAGAUGGCAAAGCAACAAGAACAAGACCCAACAAACCUGUAUAUUUCCAACUUGCCUCUUUCUAUGGAUGAACAAGAGCUAGAAAGUAUGCUUAAACCUUUCGGGCAGGUCAUUUCUACUAGAAUAUUACGGGAUUCUAAUGGUGCAAGCAGAGGCGUUGGCUUUGCAAGGAUGGAAUCAACAGAGAAGUGUGAAGCAGUCAUUUCACAUUUUAAUGGGAAAUUCAUUAAGAUGCCACCGGGAAUCCCUGUGCCCAAUGAACCCUUAUUAUGCAAGUUUGCAGAUGGCGGACAAAAAAAGAGGCAAAAUCAAAACAAAUAUGUUCAGAAUGGCAGAGCGUGGCCGCGAGAGGGCGAGGUGAGGCUAGCCGGAAUGACCCUGACAUAUGAUCCAACUACAGCUGCUAUGCAAAAUGGAUUUUAUCCUUCACCAUACAGUAUUGCAAACAGGAUGAUGGCUCAGACUUCUAUUGCACCCUAUAUAUCACCUGUUUCAACAUAUCAGGUACAGACUCCUUCCUGGAUGCCUCAUCAACCGUAUAUCAUGCAGCAUCCUGGAGCAGUACUAUCACCCUCUAUGGACCACACAAUGUCAUUACAACCCACAUCAAUGCUAAACCCACUGACACAACAAAUGAGUCACCUUUCACUAGGCAGCACAGGAACGUUUAUGCCUGCGACAACAGCUAUGCAAGGUGCUUAUAUUCCCCAGUAUGCUCACAUGCAGACCGCAGCUGUUCAAGUAGAGGAAAACAGUGGUCAGCAACAGGUGGAGUCAUCUAAUGAUCAUUCUUCCUACACGUAUCAACAAAACAAGUAAUACAGAUGUGCAAUGAUAACCGAGAUGUGCAAAGACUGAAACAAUCAUGGCUUCCUCUGAUUGACCGUGCUUUAAGAACGGCUCUACAUUUUGCAAAGGUUCUGCAAAGAUUACAUUUUGUUUAUAAUAAUAAUCAAUUGAAACAGACUAUUUUUGGUAUAAGUUGUAUGAGGUGCAUAAAAGUGCUUGCUUUCAUCAAAAGGAUGCGAAUUCUCAAAAAUAGUUUUAUUUUAAUAAGAAAGAAAGUUUAUUUUUACCAAGCAUUGUCACAUUGACACAAGAACUCUUUGUGCACAGAAGACCAUGUGACAAGGUGCAUGACAGGAAAGACUUUUUUUUUUGUUCUUAUUAUUUGUGAUUGAAUUUUUCUUUUGUUGUAUUGAGAUUUUUUUUCUGAAGUUUUAUUAGCCGAACAUCUUUUAAAAUGAUGUUCUGUGCUUGCUGUGUGAGUUGCUAUGGUGAAGUGUUACUUGUCUUUUCUUGUUAGGUGUUUGCCUUUUUGGUGUAGAUUGAUCUGUCCUAUACAAUUUGCCUUAAAUUUUUUCACACAAUAACUGUAUAGGCAACUAUGUAGAAUAGUUAAGCAAGAAUAAGUUCAAAAGAAAUGCCUUGUAAAUCAGCAACUUAGGGCUUUUUUAGUAUAUAGCUAUUUCAAUUAGCUAAACAAAUCUUUUGGUUUCUAAUGUGUUUUAGUGAAACACAUUUUCUGAAUCUGAUGGAAUUGUAAUAGGAUUUAAUGUUUGUAAUUAUCAGAACGCUCAAACGUCUUCUGGUUGUUUUGAAUGAGUUAGGAAUUCUGCUGAAUGAUUUACAUUUAAAAAAAAUCUUGCCUUUUUUUAAACUAACUUGAUGUUGUAGUUUUAACUUAAGAAACAGAUGGGGUGGGGGAUUGGGGGUCUGUCAAAUUGACAGGAUGUUUUUUGUCUUUUGCUUUAUAAUUAAAACAAUACUUAGAUUUCUGAUUGUUCAAAAACUAGCAAACAAAAACCAUGCCUUUACAAGGCAACAAUGGCAAAAGCUAAAUGAUUUUUGGUUUAAAAAAAAAAGCUGAGAGAUUAACAAAUAGAGGCUAGCUCCCCUUUAAGGGAAAAACAAAAGACUUUAAAAAAGGUUAACUUCACCAAAGAACUGUGAGCGAGCAAAAAAGGGUGGUUUACUCUCAGCAUUUGCAUUUGAUGUCAUCUUUUACUUUUUGCCAGACCAGUUUGCAGUUAGGAGAAUGUGCCUUUUUUUGUACAUUUGCAUUUUUUUUUCUAGUUUUAUUGAUGUACAGUAUGACACACAAAAAAAGCAUGCAGGAAGAUUUUGAUCCGAGCAGUGCCACACUCGUCAUCACUACAGAAACGUAACACGUAAAGAAAGAAAAAGAAUUUGAAACUAUGAAAUGAUUUCUUAAAAAAUAAUAAUGCUCUGCAUUUCACAUUUUAGAACAACUCUCUUUUUUUUAAUUUAAAAAAAAAAAAAUUAUGAAAGCUUUAUAAUUUUAAUCAUAUUUGCCUAAAACAUUAUACGAAUUAAGUUGUCUUCCAAAAGACUGUUUUUUACCUGGUCAGCCAAGACUGAUUAGUUAUCUACCUCAGAAUUUUCUUUCUCUUUUGUAUUGGGACGGGUUUGCUGGACCUGCCUGUUUCCACAGACCAAACUCUCCCAGCUCAGGAGCGGGAGUUAAACAAGUUAUUUCGGGGGGUAUUGUUUUCUUCAAUUUAUUUUUAUUUUUUUAAAUUUUUCUUUCUUUUUUUAUAGGAAUAUUGUAUGUGAGCGUGUUUAGUUGUGUCCAGGCCUUCGGUUUCAUAGUUUCAAAAGUAAUUGCUGCUUUCAUUGAUAUAUAGUAGAUUCCAGUAGUUGAUGAAGUCAAGAAAUAAUCCAAAAGUUGUGGUAUUACAGGAUCUUUGCUUCCUAAAAUAUUGUUGCUUUGAGUCCAGACAGACCUGCAGCAGCUUCCCAUACAUUUAGUUUGUUGGGGUUUUUUUUUAUUUUGUAUUUUUUACCAUGUAUGAACCGUAGACACACUUGAUUUCUACAGUAUAUAUUGCCUAAGACUGAAACAUAGUACUGGCAACAGCUGUGUGGGGUUUUGCUGCUAGUGAUGUCUGAACUAAGUGCCAUACUCUGUGUCUGGGAAAGAGUUAGGAAAAUACUCUGUAGAUAAAUAAAUCCUUUAAUUAAACAUUGCAUACUAGACAGCGAUUAAAUUAUACAAAAAUAAAUAAUUUAUGAAGAGAGACCUUUUGUACAGAUUGUUCGAAGAAAAAAAGAUUUUCAUAGAGAUGUCUAUAUGAUCAAGAGAGUUCAUUUCUUUUAUUUUUUAUUAUUUUACAUGUGCCACAAACUUGCCAGUGGUAACUUGUAUGUCUGGUUAAAGAUACUCUUUCUGUACUUUUGUUUUCUAGUACUUGUUAAAGCCAAAAAGACAUUUGUGAACUGUAAAAAAUGAUUAGAUUGUUACUUAAGUUUUUUUUUUCUGUUAAUUUCUUUGAAAACUUUUGAAUAAAAACAUAAAUUGAAAA